AUGGGGCUCCCUUGGAGGCAGCUGCACCCUUGUCUGCUGUUCCUUGUGGUGCUGGUGUGGCCCCAGCCCUGCAUGAGCCUGGAGCUCAUCCCCUACACGCCGCGCAUAACAGCCUGGGACCUGGAAGGGAAGGUCACGGCCACCACGUUUUCCCUGGAGCAGCCGCGGUGUGUGCUGGAAGGGCAUGCCAGUGCUGCCAGCACCACCGUCUGGCUGGUGGUGGCCUUCAGCAAUGCCUCCAGGGACUUCCAGAGCCCCCAGACGCUGGCUGAGAUCCCAGCCUCCCCGAGGCUGCCGACGGAUGGCCACUACAUGACGCUGCCCCUGACCCUGGAUCAGCUGCCCUGUGAGGACCCAGUGGGUGGCAGGGGGGUCGCCCCGGUGCUUAGGGUGGGCAAUGACGCCGGCUGCCUUGCUGACCUCCAGCAGCCACGCUACUGCAACGCCCCCCUCCCCGGCCCUGGACCUUACAGGGUGAAGUUCCUCCUGAUGGACUCCAAGGGCUCACCCCAGGCCCAGACGAGGUGGUCCGACCCCAUCACUCUCCGCCAAGGGAAGUCCCCAGGCUCCAUUGACACGUGGCCAGGCCGGCAAAGUGGCGACAUGAUUGUCAUCACCUCCAUCCUGUCUUCUCUGGCCGGUCUCCUGCUCCUGGCCUUCCUGGCAGCCUCCAGCGUGCGCUUCUCCAGCCUGUGGUGGCUGGAGGAGGCCCCAGAGCAGCUGCGAACCGGCUCCUUCGUGGGGACGCGCUACAUGACCCACCACAUCCCACCCAGCGAGGCUGCCACGCUGCCCGUGGGCUGUGAGCCUGGCCUGGAGCCCCUCCCCAGCCUCAGCCCCUAG